UAUGCAGCUGCUAAAAACCGACCUGAUUUUUAAAAGUUACGUUAAGAAAUGCCGUUGAAGUCAUAUAGCCUACAACGCGUCUGCUGCUGCGUGUGUCUGUUUGCCCCCUCCCAUCUCUGUUUAAAGCCGCUGACCUCAUGAUGGAAGACGCACUUGCUCUGAGGGCUUAAACGUGUUCAUGAAUGCCAUGAACUUUCCAAACUACGAUGAUAGCACUGCGUUUCUGGGGGACUGGGGACCUUUUCAAAGGACUGUAUUCGCUCUUCUGUGCCUGAGCAUCAUUCCUAAUGCUUUCACGGGGUUAUCGAUGGUUUUCAUAGGCGAUACACCCGCUCACCGUUGCGUGAUUCCCGCGGAUCUGAACAUCACGGCUGAAUGGAGGAACGCGUCUGUGGCUAUAGAUGAGCACGACGGAGAAGCUCGAGUCAGUAGAUGCUCACGACACAGAGUGGAUAUCAUUAAAAGCUAUUCUGACAGAGGUUUGAUCCCGUGGGUGCAUGUCAACGUGUCCGCUAUUCCCCAGGAAAACUGUUUAGACGGGUGGGAAUAUGACAGAAGGACAUACAUCUCCACGAUCGUUUCAGAGUGGGAUUUGGUGUGUUCAGACGGCUGGAGAGCUCCAUUGACAACAUCAAUCUUUUUUUGCGGAGUUUUGACGGGUUCUGUGAUCUCUGGACAGUUGUCUGACAGGUUUGGCAGGAAAAUUGUGCUGUUUGUUACCAUGGGGAUUCAGACAGUAUUUACCUUUAUUCAAGUCUUCUCUCCAUCUUGGCUCAUUUUCUGUUUCUUGUUUUUCAUUGUUGGAAUGGGACAAAUUUCUAACUAUGUGGCAGCAUUUGUUUUAGGAAUGGAGAUAUUGAGUGCAUCAGUUCGUGACAUCUACUCCACUCUUGGUGUUUGCCUUUUCUUCUCUAUUGGGUAUAUGACACUUCCACUGGCUGCGUACUUCUUGCGAGACUGGAGGAUGUUACUACUUGCUCUUACCAUUCCUGGCUGCUUCUGCAUUCCCCUGUGGUGGUUUAUUCCAGAGUCUCCACGAUGGCUGCUGUCUCAGGGAAGGGUUGAAGAAGCUGAGGAGAUUUUGAGAAAGGCUGCAAAAAUGAAUGGCGUUAAGGCCCCUGACGUCAUUUUCCCCCAACUUCAGUCAGCGGAAAAAACUGGAAGGUUGCAGACCUACAGCCUCUGUGACCUGGUAAAGUCCACCAACAUCCGCUGCAUUACUCUCCUGCUGUUCCUGGUCUGGUCAUCUGUUUCCAUUGGAUACUGUGCCUUGUCUCUGAACACUUCCAAUCUACAUGGGAACAUCUAUCUGAAUUGCUUCUUGUCGGCAGUUGUGGAAUUUCCUGCUCUCAUCUUGGCCUGGCUGAUGUUUCGCUGCUGGUCGAGGCCUCUAUGCUUGUUUACCUCUCUUUCAUUUGGAGGACUUGUUCUUCUCUUUAUACACCUCAUACCACAAAAUAUGAAUUCUGUUGCCAUUUUGCUGGUCUUGUUGGGAAAGUUUGGCCUGUCAGCAGCCUUUGCAAUAGUUUACCCUGCAACCGCCGAGCUUUACCCCACUGUCUUGAGGAACACUGCGUUAGGAGCCUGCUCAAUGGCAUCCAGAGUGGGCAGCAUAUCUGCACCAUACUUCGUCUACUUAGGAGGAUACUAUAAAUCUCUGCCUUAUAUCCUCAUUGGCAGUCUGAGUGUUUUCUCAGGGUUACUAAGUCUUCUUCUUCCAGAGAGUCUAGGAAUGCCUCUGCCAGAGGCCAUAAGUCACAUGCAGAAAAUAUCUGGGUGCUGUAAAAUAAGGGAUUCUUCUAAUAAUCCGACCAACAAUAAAUGUGAAGAGGAACAUGAAUCAGUAGGGUUAAAGGACUUUUCAUAGAUCAUUGAAUGAUAGAUUGGUAAAGAAUUAACUAAACCCUUAACUUGUUUUCACACCAUUUUCUCUGUCCAAGGGUUCCAUUUUUGGGUGAACUAAUCGAUUAAUUAGUUAAUUUCUGAGCAAUAAAAUGAUUAGACAGAGUGCUAUUUCACACCUUGUGCAAAAACAUCUAUGCAUGCAGGAAUACAUGGGUAACACUUAAAAGUAUCCCACAUAGCAAUUAUUUGUAGAAACAUUUGCUUUGUGAAAUGUGAUAUUACAAUAGGAAAGAGUCUUUUGAAAUAUAGUAAAUCUUUUAAUAUUACUUAUUGAAACUAAUUUAACAGUUUCAAGUGUUUUUGCCAUUUAGUAUAAAUACAGUCAUGGCCAAAAUUGUUGGCACCCCUGAAAUUUUUCCAGAAUAUCAAGUAUUUCUCACAGAAAAGUAUUGCAUUGACACAUGUUUUGCUAUACACAUGUUUAUUCCCUCUGUGUGUAUUGGAACAAAACAAAAAAAGGAAGGAAAAAAGCCAAUUUGACAUAAUGUCACACAAAACUCCAAAAAUGGGCUGGACAAAAUUAUUGGCACCCUUUCAAAAUUGUGGAUAAAUAAGAUUGUUUCAAGCAUGUGAUACUCCUUUAAACUCACCUGUGGCAAGUAACGGGUGUGGGCAAUAUAAAAAAUCACACCUGAAAGCAGUUAAAAAGGAGAGAAGUUGGCUUAGUCUUUGCAUUGUGUGUCUGUGUGUGCCACAUUAAGCAUGGACAACAGAAAGAGAAGAGAACUGUCUGAGGACUUGAGAACCACAAGUGUGGAAAAAUAUCAACAAUCUCAAGGUUACAAGUCCAUCUCCAGAGAUCUUUAUGUUCCUUUGUCCACAGUGUGCAUCAUUAUCAAGAAGUUUGCAACCCAUGGCACUGUAGCUAAUAUCCCUGGACGUGGACGGAAGAGAAAAAUUGAUUUAAGGUUGCAACGCAGAAUAGUCCGGAUGGUGGAUAAGCAUCCCCAAACAAGUUCCAAAGAAAUUCAAGCCGUCCUGCAGGCUCAGGGUGCAUCACUGUCAGUGCCUCUGACACUGGGUGCCUUGACUGCGUGCAAGGCAUCAUGAAAUCUGAAGAUUACCAAAGGAUUUUGGGUCGCAAUGUAGGGCCCAGAGUCAGAAAGCUGGGUCUGCAUCUGAGAUCGUGGGUAUUCCAGCAGGACAAUGACCCCAAACAUACUUCGAAAACCACCCAGGAAUGGAUGGCAACAAAGCGCAGGAGAGUUCUGAAGUGACCAGCAAUGAGUCCAGAUCUAAAUUCCAUUGAACACCUGUGGAGAGAUCUUAAAAUUGCUUUUGGGAAAAGGCGCCCUCCCAAUAUGAGAGACCUGGAGCAGUUUGCAAAGGAAAAGUGGUCCAAAAUUCCGGAUGAGAUGUGUAAGAAGUUUAUUAAUGGUUAUAGGAAGCGAUUGAUUUCAGUAAUUUGUUCCAAAGGGUGUCCAACCAAAUAUUAAAGGUUCUGUGUGUAAGUUUCAGAGGCCACUAUUGGCGAUGUAGGAAAUUGCAACCUACAGCUCCGCCACCCCCCUCUCCCUCCCAUUAGAGAAGCUACGGUUGGCGUCACAGGACAAAAGGGUUCCGUAAAUGAUAGCGGCCAUGAUCGGUGGUGUUGAUCAUUGUAAUCUUCAUCUCACAGGUGAACAACAGACUGAAGUUACGGACACAGGACAGAGAUGUCGUUGUCUGAGACAGCAGAGAGUAACCUUUGCAAGUCAAGUGACGAGGCUUAUUUACAAAGAAAAAUAAAUAAAAUUUACUCAAUUCACCAUGUACUGUAAUCGUUACAGUGAAUAUUAUUGUUACUUGUUUAACAUUGUGUCAGUGACUACUGUAGAAACAUGGCUGUGCAAUUUGAUAUAUUACAUGUAAGGGUGUGUCCGCGGUGUAUAUACAUAAAUGGCUCAUUGUAAGGUAAAAUAAAGAUUUCGGUUCAUUUUGUGAGGUAUUUCUUCACCACUCACAACAUAGUUUUGUUAUAUAUAUUACAUUUUGGUAAAUAAAUCCUUUAAAAUGCUACACACUGUACCUUUAAGUUAAGGGUGCCAAUAAUUUUCUCCAGCCCAUUUUUGGAGUUUUGUGUGACAUUAUGUCAACUUUGCUUUCUUCCCCUCCUUUUGUUUGUUUUGUUACAAUACUCCUAAUGGGUAUAGCAAAACAUGUGUUAAAGCAAAACUUUUCUUUGGGAAAAAUUUCAGGGGUGCCAACGAUUUUGGCCAUGACUAUAUGUCAGCGUUAAGGAUAUAUAAAAAUAUUAGCGUGUAUAAGAUAUAAGCACUUAAAACAAUGAGUCUCUCAUCUCCCCCAAAAUGGAUCAACUUUUUUAUGACAUUAUUCUGCACUUCAGCAUCUCAACAAUUUGUUUCCAACCAAAUGCUCUCUAGAAUCUAGAGAAUUUGUGAUAUACAUUUUUUGGUGUCUUGUAUCAAAAGGAUACUCCGCUGUAAGAUGAAAAUUCUGUCAUGAAUUACUCACCCUGAAGUUGUACAAUAACUCCUCCAUUCAUCUUAACACAAGUGAAGAUCUCAUAAAACUAUAGAUGAUAGAUGAAAGGGUUAUCGUAGACUUCAGAGUGAGUAAUCCAUGACAGAAUUUUCUUUCUAUGAUGGAGUGUCCCUUUACCUGUACGGACAAUUUUUGCUACUUAUAUUAUUAUUGUUUCCACGCACCCUGAAAACUGUAUUAUUUUGGUUAUUUAUUUUUUGGAGCGCUGGCAAUGGCUUUUUGAUCUAACCUGAUGUCAGCCAGUUAUAUUUGGUGUUUUGUUGUAUGUGUCUACUACAUAACGGAUGUUGCUAAUUCUUAACACUCUACUACAUUUCCUCUUGGGUGUUCUUAAAAAUGCUAAAACAUGGUCAAUGGAAAAAACUCAUUUUAAAUGUUGUUUAUUUUGAAUAACAACAUUUGCUUUGCCUUAACUUUUGUUAUGAUGUCCUCUGCUGGUCAGCAAUUAAGACAACACAGAAUAUUUUCUGAAGAGAGAAACCAUGUACUAUAUCUUGCUUUUGUUUCAGUAUCCAUUUUGUGUCAGAUAUGCUGUAACGUGUUAUAAUGUGUGCCUAAAUGCAUUAUUUGUAGUCUUCUAAAAGCACAUCACUAUCUCCUUUUGAUAAUGUUGCCUCUGAAUAACUCAAACUUAUUUUAGUUGGUGUGUGUGUGAAGUUGGAAAAAGUGCACUUUCUUGUUUUCUAGGCCCCUUACAGUAAACGUCAAAUGUUUGUCCUGACAAUGUUUUUUCAUAAAUAAACAGGUUCAUAAAUCUCUA